ACAACUCAGAGCGUGUUGGUUGCUUCCCAAGCUUUGGCCAAGUCAAUGGGGGAGAAUGAUCUCCAGCCGUCCUCCCAUCGCACGGAAAAUCUGGACAGUUUUCACUGGCCCAAGUGAGAAGCCAUCAGCGUACAAACAUUUAGCAAUCUAACGGUAGCAAGUCUAGCACUAGAUUGUAUCGGAUGAGAGAACUAUUCGGCCCCUGCCAGCGGUCUAGAAUGUCGAGACGGCAGGCUAACUUCAACUUGCAGGUAGAGGGAGCAGAAAUGGCCUGUACUCAGGUGAGCGUACGCCGGUGGACCACGAAGCACGUGGCCAAAUGGCUGAAGGAGGAGGGCUUCUGCGACUACGUGGACCUGCUGUGUAACCGGCACCGGCUGGACGGCACCAGCCUGCUGACGCUGACCGAGUACGACCUGCGCUCCCCGCCCCUGGAGCUCAAGGUCCUGGGGGACAUCAAGCGGCUGAUGGUGUCCCUGCGCAAGCUGCAGAAGCAGAACAGCGACGUGCUGGAGGACCUGGGCCUGGGUUGCGAUGGCCACGUGCCGCAGGGGGACUGGCUGCGGAACGGCGACUCCGGACGGGACUGCGAUGGGGCCGGCGGAGGGCUGUCAGGCGAGCAGUACCUCCAGUACUCCAACGGCAAGUGCAAGCAGCACACGCGCCGCCUGGACCCGGAGUACUGGAAGACCGUGGUCAGCUCCGUCUACGUGGUGUUCGUCUUCGGCUUCACCUCCUUCGUCAUGGUCAUCGUGCACGAGCGCGUGCCCGACAUGCGGACCUACCCGCCCCUGCCCGACAUCUUCCUGGACAGCGUACCCAGGAUACCGUGGGCCUUCGCCAUGGCCGAGGCCUGUGGUGUGAUCCUCUGCAACAUCUGGCUGCUGGUGCUGCUGCUCCACAAACACAGGUCCAUCCUGCUGCGGCGGCUGUGCAGCCUCAUGGGCACGGUGUUCAUGCUGCGCUGCGUCACCAUGUUCGUCACCUCCCUGUCCGUGCCCGGACAGCACCUGCAGUGCUCCGGAAAGAUUUACGGUGACAUGUGGGCGAAGCUGCGUCGAGCCGUGGCCAUCUGGAGCGGAUUCGGCAUGAGCCUGACGGGGGUCCACACCUGCGGAGACUACAUGUUCAGCGGCCACACCGUGGUCCUCACCAUGCUCAACUUCUUCGUCACCGAGUACACACCUAGGACCUGGAACUUCAUACACACCCUGUCCUGGGUUUUGAACUUGUUUGGAAUUUUCUUCAUCCUGGCCGCGCACGAACACUACUCGAUCGACGUCUUCAUCGCCUUCUACAUCACAACGAGACUCUUCCUGUACUACCACACGCUGGCCAACACGCGGGCGUACCAGCAGAGCCGCAGGGCGCGUAUCUGGUUCCCCAUGUUCUCCUUCUUCGAGUGCAACGUCAACGGCCCCGUGCCCAACGAAUACGGCUGGCCCUUCUCCAAACCCACCUUCAUGAGGAGGCUAAUUGGAUAGCCGGCACACCCUGCGCCAGCCCCCCUCCCCUCUGCCUCAGUGGAGCAGACAGCCUGUGUGCAAAGUUGCAGGUUCCGCGGGUUCCUCUGGUUCUGUGGAGGUUUCGUUAUUUGCAGUACUAAUGUGCUCCCGAACUGACCUGGUGUGGUCCUAGCAAUGCAACAGGCUGUCGGGGUGCACUAAAGGUAAUCUCUCGGUGUCUGUCUGAACUGGUCUCCCAUCAGCCGGUGUAAAGGGGUUAAAUGCACAGGGUAGUCAGCCAUGUACAAUGAAAUGCUGUUUAAAACUCUUGCCUGUCUGUGUUUCAAACAAAUGUCAUGAAAGAGGAGGAAUCUUUAGAUCUCAAAUUCAGGUUAUAACAACAAGAUUUUAAAAAAAGACAUUCAUACUCUCAACCCCCAUAACCUCUACAUCCCCCUCCCCCCUCCUCCCCACACCCACACACCUUUCUACUUUCAUAUGCCAUGAUAUGACCUCGGUGAAAGUCUGAAAAUGUAGAACUUGGAACAAAUUGCAUUAAAGCUCAUUUUAAGGUCUUGCCAUUUGAAACAAUAUGAAAAGUCAACAAAAUCGGUUUACAGUUCCAGGUUUUCCUCCUAUUCCAAGAUGAGAUGCGCCAUGUGGUGUUGUAAACAAGGAAAAUUCGGAAAGGAAACAUAAGGGUUUUCAUUUUUUAAAUUGCAGACCAAGUAUAAAGACUAUAUUAUGGUAUUUUCAAAGACUAGCAUUGUUUUGUUCUAAUAUUCUUGCAUGAGGCAACAUGUGGAAAUUCAUCUUGCUAUUUAAUUGCAGUUAGUUAAACUAGCACAAAGCAAAAUGUGCUAGCAUUCCUUUGUAAUACUGUUGGUGUUGCCAUGGCGCUGAUAGACCAAUGUUGACAGAGUUAAUCACCCGUUAUUCGAGGUGCGUUGUUUAAACAGUCACAAUGGUGAUGGUCAUAAAUUUCCCUUUUUUCUUAUUUUGUAUUUUCAUGUGACUGUUCUACUAGGUUAUAGCUUGUUAUUUCCAAACUAAUGUUAAUUUUGAUGAUUCUCUAAAAAACAACCGGACUAAUAACAAGGUGUUACUUUUUUCAGAUGAUGCCAAAAUAUGGGAUGUUCUACAUUCCCGUUGCCAAUAUAUUUUCAGUAUUAUGUAUUGUAAUUCCUUCUUAUGAGAUAUUUUCCCUAAAUUGUACUUGGAUGCUUGAACUCGAAUGACAACUUGAUAACUUUCCAAAGUUUACAACACAACUGAUUAAUGUAAAAAUGUAUUAGCAGAUCCCACAUACAAAUAACAGUAAACUUAUAGUUUAUUUUCAAAUUAGAUGUUUUUAUUUUUUUUGCUUAUUGUAUGCUAUUUAUGUUUUUAAUGCAAGUUAUAGCAUGUACUGGAACAGGAGUAAAGGUUUACAUUAGGAUGCCCAUGCUACUUAAAAUAGAGUUAAGUUGUGCAUUCAUUCCAGAGAAUGUUUUUUUUUUGUUGAUGUGAAAUACAAGUAUGAAAGCAGAUAAACAUUAGAGGUUCAGACUGUGCUCUGUAGCCUUGUUUAAUCUUUAUUUUGGCCUUUUUUCAGUCCGGCAGAUUAGAAAUGGUGUGUUAUGACCAGUGUAUUUGACCAUAAGGAUGAACUUGAAAAUGUACAGUAGUGAAGAAUGGGGCUAAAUAUGUGUAUAUACAAAUGGUGGCUACUUUGGUGUUUUGCACCCAGUAUAUAUUUAAUGGUGGUAGAUCUACUCUGCCCAUUACAUAUAAUUACAGGGUUGCAGCAAUUACAAUGAUGCCAUUUUAUAAAAGUUAUUUUCCACCCAAGAUAUGGGAGUGGGGUCCUGUUGGGUGAAUUUGUUCCAGCUGAGCUCUUUCCUACGAAGGUUUGAUUGAACUGUUAAUUGAAUCCUGAAACCGAUUUUAUAUCGCAUCACAGGUGCCUGCUGCUUGUUUUGUCUUUUGUAAAGGUUUUGUAUUGUUGGAAAGGUUUCUGCUAAGGUUCUGGUACAAAGUAACUAUUAACAAAUUAACACAAAUUUUUUUCUCAACAGAUUUCUGUUAUUUUGCACCCCCAUUUAUUACUGCAUUAUGAAUUUUUUUGGACAAGAACAGUCUGCUGUCAAUGUCAACUGUUUCAGUUAACAUCUCAAUCAAACUUAAGAAUAAACCACUGAACAAAACGUUUCUUAGUGGGCCCCUCGGACAACACACAGGUACACAAUUGUAAAUGUAUGUUAGAGUUCAGCUGAUAUUAGCCAACUUUUUUCCAAUAUGUCAGUAUUGUUAAGAAACUCUAAAUGUCUUUUGAACAAGCCAAUAAUCUGGCCUGGGUUCAAUCGACAUUUGUCCUUCACUUUGACUCGAAACGAAAUGCAAGUGUUUGGUUUAUUCCUCACAAAUGCAGUUUGCCAGGUUACAUAUUGUGAUCACAGAAAUCGGCAAACUGUGUUUGUAAAGAAAAGAACGAACACUUUAUUUUUAUCCUAAGCUGAAGGAAAGGACAAGAUUUGACUUGAAUCUGGGUCGAUGGCUCCUUGUUGAGAAAUAAUUAAUAUCUUACUCCUCAGUGCAUCAUUACAUAACUGAAGUUUAUCUGAGUAUUAACAGUCAUAAUUGAGCCUCAUUGCAUAGCCUAAUGCAUCAAGCAUCUUGAUAGCCAUUACAUGCGCUAUUGUACUUCUGCAGCAUAAGCUCUCAAGCACAGCCUCCCACAUAGGCCAGGUAAUUGUAGCUGAGCAAUGCCUUGCUGUUACAGAUGCUAUAUGAACAUUUUCAUUAUUAGCCUACUGUAUAUUUCUCUAUCUGUUUGGAGCAUUCAAAGAACCAGCACUUUUAAAUCCAUCAUUUUGCAGUAGUCUUUUUUUUUUUUCUUUUUUUUUGGUACAAGUACAAGUGUUUUAUUUAUUUUUGAGAGUUAUGUAUUAUUGGUGGAAAGACUACUCUAGCAAUAAUUUUCAUUGUGAAAUGGGUUUGUUGUAUGUGUUUUGUGUAUGAUGUGUCUGCAGCUAUUAAAAUUGUUCACUACAAA